AUGGGCGCCAAUCCAAACUUGGCCGACUACGAUGGAAAUAACGGUCUGCACCACGUGUGCAAGAUGGGCGAAGGCAACGAUGGCUUGGCGGACAUGAUAUUCGGUAACGACGAUUACAAGCCGUUGCCGAUUAGCGCCCGGAACGACAAAGACUAUACACCACUGCACCUGGCGGUGAAGAGAGAAGCCUCGAAUAUGAUCGAAGUGCUCCUGAGACACGGGGCCUAUUCCAAUGCAACCAACGAUAAGGGAAUGACACCAUUGCAUUACAUUUGCAAGAAGUACGACGAUCCGACCUUGCUGAAUCUAUUCCUCGGGAUCAACGAAGAACUCGGUCAGCCGGUGCUGAUCGACGCCCUGGAUAAUAACGGCCGGACACCCUUGGCCUGGGCUCUGGCUAGCCAUAACAUCCGCUCGGCCGAGGUGCUGCUGAGGCGAGGCGCCGACACGAUUUUGGGCACGCCCUUGAACCGCAUUUGCUAUUACGGCGAUCGUUGGGUCGAGCUGUUCUUCGAAGUCAUCGACGGGAGGAAUCAUGUGGUGGAUUAA